AUGCCACCACAAUCUUCGGACCCCAAGAUAAACACGCUCCUCCAGAAGAUUGCGUCUGAGCGCCGCAACCUGGAGGGUGCCAAGGCCAUCAUCCGCACGGUCGAAGCAUCGAGCCGCAAUUCGCAGGUGAUCCAAGGGGCACAGAACGAGAUCCGAGCGGCGCAGGCCUCGAUCCAGUUCUUGGAGGCUGAGCUGGCCAGGCUGCGCCUGGGAAGCACCGGUGCUGCAACGGAUGCGAACCGGAGGCCUGAUGGGCACGUGAACAACGGACAGCUGUCGUCCAGCGGUCCGUCGUCGGGGUCGACCCAGCCGCUCAAUGUUGGCAACAGAUCGAAAGUCGACCGCGAUAGACCCCUCCCACCGCCGCCGGUUGAUGAGGCCAAGAAAGGCGACGACGCCGCCCCACAAAAGCCGUAUUCGCAGCUCGACCUCUUGCGUUACGACGCGCCUUUGACAGGUGCCAAGAUUACUCGCAUGCUCAACCAGCUCCAGUUCAAGCUCCAGGUCGAAGAGCAGUACAAGCUCGGCAUCGAGAAGAUGGCGCAGGCGUACCAACGAGAGGGGGACAGGCGGUUGCGCUCCGAGACCGAGGCCAAGCGCGUCGAGUCGGACGCCAAGAUCCAGCUCUUGAGCGCUGCUAAGAAGCGAUACGAGAGGCUUGCUGAGUAUCGCACCAUCGAUGACGACGUCGACCUCAUGCCCGACAACAAGCGGAAGGAGGCGCUCCGAAAGCCAAUCCAAGGCCAGCUCAUCAUCUCGGUCCUGUCUGCGCGUGACCUUAAUCACCGUGCCGCCCGCCGCUCUUCCAGGGUCCAAGGCGAGUCUGUCGUCGCCGUCAAAAUCGAGGGUGUUGAGCGCGCGGUGUCCAGAGGUUCACGCAAUGACCGGUGGUACGAGGACUUCGAGCUCCCAGUUGAGCGUGCCAACGAGGUCGAGAUCACCAUCUACGACCAGUCGGGGCCCAACGAGCAUGUCCCUAUCGGCAUGCUUUGGCUACGUGUAUCGGACCUGAUGGAGGCCCAGCGUCGCCAGAAAACGGCAGCCGAGGCGGCGGGCCCUGGAUGGGUCACUGCCGAGACGGCGGCGUCGCUCGGCCGGGCUACUGGUGCGGCCGACCUUACGUCCCUCCACCAACCACAGGGCAACCAGACUCUCGCGCCCCAGGGCGGUGUCCCUGGCGGCUUAGGCAAGAGCGAGGCGAUCGAGGGCUGGUUUGCCGUCGAGCCCGCUGGAGCGCUCCACCUCAAACUGGACUUUGUCAAGGACACUGUGGCAGGUGGUGGUCGUCGCCCGUACGAGGCUCUCGGGCGUCAGGGCGCGGUGCGCAAGCGCAAGGGCGACGUGCAUGAGAUGAACGGCCACAAGUUUGUCCAGCGCCAAUUCUACCAGCCGAUCAUGUGCGCACUAUGCCAGGAAUUCCUCCUCACUGGUGAAGGUUACCAGUGUGAGGACUGCCGAUACGCAUGUCACAAGAAAUGCUACCCGAAGGUGGUCACCAAGUGUAUCUCCAAAACGAACGCGGAUGGCGAGGACGAGGAUAAGAUCAACCACCGCAUCCCGCACCGCUUCCAGGCGUUCACCAACAUGUCGGCAAACUGGUGCUGCCAUUGCGGCUACAUGCUACCGUUCGGUCGCAAGAACGCUGUCAAAUGCAGUGAAUGUUCGCUCACGUGCCACCAGAGCUGCUCGCACCUGGUGCCCGACUUCUGCGGCAUGACCAUGGAGAUGGCCAACGAACUCCUGUCCAAGCUGCACUCGAUCAAGUCGAUGCAGGGCGCCAAGAAACACCAGACCAAGCCCUCGUCGAGCGGACUGCCACUGCCUCCCGUCCAGCCUCCUAUCCAGAUCACGCCGCCGCCGCCGCCAUCAUCUCAGCAACAGCAGCAGCCGCCACAGCAGGCCCAGCAGGUGCCCAGUACCCCGCGACCCUCGUACACACCGCCCGAGCGCGUCAAACCCUCCCCCUCGCCAUCGCAGCAGUCGUACAACGACUACCGGCCUCCAGCACAGCAGCAGACCCCGCAGCAGCAACAACAGACGUCGCCUCAGCAGCGGCCUCCCCCGUCGCCGUCCGGCUCGCACCGUCUCAGCUACGAUGGGCGGUCUACCAUGUUGGAGCAGGGCCCGUUGUCUACGCCGUCGCAGAAGCCUCCUCGGAUCCCGUCCCCCCAGCCCUACGGUCAGGCACCACAGCAGCCUUCGCCGCAGAAGCCGGUGAGCGGAUACCGCCCGCCCAUGCCGGCACCGGUGCCGACUGUGUCGAUGCCCUCUGCACACACAUCACGGCCAUACCAGGUGCAGGCACAGCCGCAUCCACCGAUCGCCCCAGAACCGCAGCCACCCCAGAAGGUUGUGCAGCGCAAGAGGAAGAUUGGCCUCGACGACUUCAACUUCCUCGCCGUGCUCGGCAAGGGCAACUUCGGCAAGGUCAUGCUUGCGGAGGAGCGGAUGACGAGCAACCUAUACGCUAUCAAGGUGCUGAAAAAGGAGUUCAUCAUCGAGAACGACGAGGUGGAGAGCACGCAGUCCGAGAAGCGUGUGUUCCUCGCCGCUGCCGAGGAGCGCCACCCGUUCCUGCUCGGUCUGCACUCGUGUUUCCAGACCGAAACGCGUGUCUACUUCGUCAUGGAGUACAUCUCGGGUGGCGACCUCAUGUUGCACAUCCAGCGCAAGCAGUUCACGCUCCGCCAGGCCAAGUUUUACGCGUGCGAGGUACUCCUCGCGCUGCAGUACUUCCACUCGAAGGGCAUUAUCUACCGCGACCUCAAGCUCGACAAUAUUCUACUCACGUUAGACGGGCACGUCAAGGUUGCCGACUACGGUCUGUGCAAGGAGGACAUGUGGUACGGACGGACAACGUCGACGUUCUGUGGCACGCCGGAGUUUAUGGCGCCCGAGAUCCUGCAGGAGCAGCCGUACGGCCGCGCAGUCGACUGGUGGGCGUUCGGCGUGCUCACGUAUGAGAUGUUAUUGGGCCAGUCGCCAUUCCGUGGCGACGACGAGGACGAGAUCUUUGACGCCAUCAUCGAGGACGAGCCGUUGUACCCUAUCACGAUGCCCCGUGACGCUGUCUCGCUCCUCCAGAGGCUCCUAACCCGUGAUCCUAAGUACCGCCUCGGUGCCGGCGACAGUGAUGCCGAGGAGAUCAAGCGCCACCAGUUCUUCGCAGACGUCGACUUUGACGACGUGUACCACAAGCGUAUUCCGCCGCCGUACUUCCCCACAAUCGGCAACGCGACUGACACGUCCAACUUCGACCAGGAGUUUACGCGCGAGCAGCCGACCCUCACACCCGUCCACACGCAGCUCACUGCUAAGGACCAGGCUGAGUUUGCGGGCUUCAGCUGGAUCGCGCCAUGGGCCACCGCGCAAUAA